AUGAAGCGUAUCGUCGGCGUGACGGCGAGCCGGGACGCAGCGGGCGGCGCGAGCGGCGCUGCAGCGAGCGACGGCGGCGGCGCGCGGCGUGCGUGUUCACGCUGCGGACGCGCGGGGCACGGGCCAGCGAGGUGUCGAUUUAAGCAGUACACGUGUGAUAAUUGUGGACAAAAAGGUCAUCUUAAAGUUGUGUGUCAAAAUUACAAAAGUGUUAGCGACAGUGAGUACCAGAAACAUCAUAAAGAUAAAAAUAGUUCGGAACUGAAUAAUGACAAUAGGAAAGCGCAGUCACCUCCGUUGUAUCCUACUGAACCGUCACAUUCACAAUCAUUAAAGCCUCAGCCUGAAAAAUAUGUUUCUCAUGGUAUGACGUUAAGACCUCGCAAAAAAGUAUUG